AUGCCCUCCCAAUCAUUUGCGUCAGCGAAUAUAAUCGUUAUGCUACGUCAGCUCCGAUCAUUAUGCCAUGUCAAUGCCAACCAAGCUGCCUCAGCAUCGCCAUUUACGUUCUCUUCUCCUCCCUCGCGAUUUGUGUCUUUCAGGGCAUAUAGCAGCUACGCAGUAACACAUCGCGCCCGACCAACUACCUCUACAAGCGCCAUAACAAGGCAAUGGCAGUCAACGCCCUUCUACUCUACCUCCGCUCCUCGUCCACCAAAGCCUACAAAGAAACCCAACCUCGAAGACGUUAUCCCUCAAAUACCUCAACCUACAAAACCUAAGAAACCCCAACCGGCAUGGGGAGUACAGAAGAAGGCAUUAAAAUCUAAAUUUGAAGAAGGGUGGAAGCCACGAAAGAAGCUGUCUCCUGAUACCAUGGAGAGUGUCCGCAAGCUACAUAGCAUGGACUCUGUUAAAUUCUCGACAAAAAACCUGUCAGAACAAUUCAAGGUUUCCCCAGAAGCGAUUCGAAGAAUAUUGAAGAGUAAAUGGAGGGCGACUGAAGCAGAGGAAGUGGAUAGGAGAGAAAGAUGGGAAAAGCGAAAAAUACGGAUACGUGAACAAAUGACCGAGCUCGGUCUAAGGCGCCCUGACGGCAUUUCCAAAAAGAGCCUUGAUAACGACAAAGAGCUAUCUCGAAGGAGUAAGAACUGGGGGGUUACAGAUAAGGAGCUAGUUGAUAUUGUGUCUGAGGCUGAAGAAGAUUCGCCUCCGAAAUACUAA